AUGGGGGGCGAUGGAGUUGCAAAUGGAGACUGGUGUGUGUGUGCUGACGCUGCCCCAGCUGAAAGGGAACCAAUAGACACGGACCCGGGCGGCAACAAUCGCCGUGCGCUUCCACUCUCCAGCAGUGCACACUUCUGUAUCAACACGGAAGAUCGCGCGGUUUAUUCGGGAUGGUUACGUUUCCCUCGCCCUGCCUCGGAUGCGUUACAGGAGAGAGCUGGUAGUGAUCGGGUGGUGCAGCAGGCCAGACUUGGCGGCAUGGUGAAGGACCAGAAGUCAACCAGGAGGAAGAGCGCUCACUGUCUCCGCAGACUGGAGAGUGGCGGUCAGACGGAGAUGGAGGAGGACCAGCUCCCGCCAGACACCCAGCCUCCGCCACAGGAGGACCCCCGACAAGGAGAGCAGUCCUCUGAACGCGCCCAGCUUCAGAGAUCGGCUUCAGCGGAGGCUCUGUUGGAGAACUUUGAUCAAAGGGAAACUCCGAUUGACAUCGAGGAAAGGGGCGACCCUGCUUCCCAGUUCCAGUCCAAGCCUCUGUGGAAGCCCAUUCCUCCCCUGCUGCCCGAGCCCGCCAGGGGCCGCACCACUGAGACCAGGGACCAGAGCUGCCAGACUGAGGAGCAGCUUCAACAGACCAGUGCCGGCAGCCACGGUCAUAACACAGGUCUGUGCGUGGAGCCCGGAGAUCCUCCUCUGCUCCAGCAGCCUCUGCAGACCUCCAAGUCUGGGAUUCAGCAGAUAAUUGAAUGCUUUCGUUCAGGCACGAGCCAGCUGAAGCACAUGCUGCUGAGGGAGGUGGACACCAUCUUUGAGUGUAAACUGUGUCGCAGUCUGUUCAGAGGACUGCCCAACCUCAUCACACACAAAGAGUACUACUGCCUAUCACGGCUGCCGGAGCCCAACGGUUCGUCGGGUGAUGACAGACAAAGCGUUGCCAUUAAGGAUUUACUGGACGCCAUAUAUCCCAGAGUCCCAGACUACGUGGUCCGACUGGAGCCCAUUCAGACCACUACCAAGGCCGUGUUCCAGUACCUCACCACAGAAGAGGAGCUGGCUAGAUAUCCAUCGCACACACCGAGUGCCAGAGAGAGUCCGGUAGCAUGGGAAGGUGAACAAGUGGAGGGUGUGGACAGCAACCAGCAGAGCCAGGCAGGAGCGUCGGAGAGCCACGGCAGCCCGGGACACAAUCAGGGACAGAGGAGGUGGGAGGCUGAAGAGGAGACUAAAGAGGAGAAGCCACAGCAUGAAGAUGAGGGCUCCACUAGUGGGGUUGAAGAUGUGACAAUAUCCUGUUGUCUGUGUGGUCAGGACUUUAAUUCGCGCCGCAGCAUCAGACGUCACUGCCGCAAAAUGCACCAGACCAAACUGGAAGAGCUCCGAAAGUUCACAGAGACACGCACAGUUCCCACAAGCCUGCUCUCUAUGGUGAAAGGUCGGCCGAGGACUCUCAGCACACCUACUGGAAAAUCCUGCCCAGUGUGCCUCAAAACCUUCGCGACCAAAGCCAACGUACGCCGUCAUUUUGAUGAAGUGCACCGCGGUCUACGGAGGGACACCAUCACACCAAGCAUCGCCUCGCGGCCUGGCCAGCCCUUCUCUCUGGAGGUCACGCCCCCCAAGAAGAGCAACAGCGCCUCUCCAACGCGCAGCCACAACUCCAAGUCCACCCCUGUCAACUCUAAAACGACUGCCUCAAACCAAAACCAGCCCAAACCUCAGAGUCAGGCAUCAGCCUCUCCACAGACGGCCCCGGCCUCAUGUCGCUGCACGCACUGCAAGAGGAACUACAGCUCUCAGCUCAUGUUGAAGAGACACAUGCGUAUUGUCCACAAAAUAUACAGCAUCAAAAGUAACAGGCCCUCCACCACUUCAGCCUCCUCUACUCCAGCAGCCACUCCUAACAGUAGCAGCACUAAUGUAGGCCCAAGCAACAACAUCCGAGUAAAAGAGGAAGCAGUAGAACCUUCAGAAGAAGAGGAAGAUGGUGACGAGGAGGAGGAGGAGGAGGAGGACAUUGACAGCAGUCCGGCUCCAUCUCCUAGUGACAGCACUGGGACAGCUAAAGGUGUUCCUGUGGCACACAACACAAUGAAGGUGAAGGAGGAGGAGGCACCAUCGAGCCCAAAGAUGGCGCCGCCCUUAUCUUCAUCAUCCUCGCGUGGUGGCAACAUGUGCAGCGGCGGCCUGCCUGCCAAAAUGACCAAACUGUCAGUGGGUUUUGACUUCAAGCAACUCUUCUGCAAACUGUGCAAACGACAGUUCAGCUCACGUCAGAAUUUAACAAAGCACAUCGAGCUGCACACGGAUGGCAACGACAUCUUUAUUAAGUUCUAUCGCUGCCCUCUCUGCCGCUACGAGUCACGCCGCAAACGUGACGUCCUGCGUCACGUGACUGUGGUGCACAAGAAGUCAUCUGCAUACCUCGCCAAGAUCAUGCCCAAACUGGAGAGCAGGGCAGUGAAGAGGCUCGCCGAGGUCGUACUCAAUAGUACGACCCCAAACAAGAGGACAAGCAGCAGCGCCAAAGAGGAAGUGAACGGACGUCACGCUUCUUCGUCGUCGUCCUCCUCCUCUCCCUCACCUCCUGUCACUCGCAAGCAAGAGUGCUCCACACCUGCCCCAACCACCUCAUCAGCUACCUCCAUCUCCUCUUCCUCCGCCCCGCCUCCUGCCCCCGUCACGAGGAAACAGCAGGACCUCUCGUCUCCCGCCUUCACCCCGUCCCCUCCUGUCACCAGAAAGCAGGAGAGACAGCAGACCCUCCAGCCUCGUCCCAUCAGCCCCCCGCUGACCCGCCGCAGUGAAAAACACACACAUCAACGCAACUCCUCCUCCAGCACCAGCUCGUCCGGCAAUCAAACUCCACACACCCGCCGGCACGACGGCCAGUCAGAGAGCAGCGGCACAUCCUCGUCCUCCACUGAAGUCAGAGUGACCAAGAAUUUCUCUCUCCACGCCUGCGACCAGUGUGGACGGGCCUUUGCCAAGAAGCUGUACCUGGAGUCUCACAAACGAAGUCAUCGCAACGCGGCGACGGCAGCAGCCAGCAGGAGGAAAGGAGUCAGCACCCGCUCCAAAUCCCUGGUCUGGUGAAACACACACACACACUUCUGGUCCGCUGGGAAUAAUGGACGAGCGAGCCUCUAACAAUGAAGAAGCGACUCAAAAACGUUCAAUUGGGAAAAUAAUGGAUGAACCGAAGGAGCAUAGAUGAAGGAAACAAACAAAUAAAAAAGGAACAAUGGAGCACGAUAGAGGAGUGGAGUACAAAGGAUUUCCACCUUUUUGCUUAAGAACCAAAUACGUAUUGUUGGAAUCUGACUUUGUUGAUUUGUAUAGUUUCAUUAUGAAGCCGGCUGACUGGACGGUGGCGCUGCUAUCCACGGAGAGACCGUAGCGAACAGAAGAUUCUCUCCCAACUGUAUACAUCUGUAUUUACCUACAGCAGUAUGUAAAUAUAGAUCCAUAUACAGAUGGAAGAUUGGUACUGCUUUACAAAGGAUGACGGUAGAUUGCGAAUGUGUGUGUGAGUGAGAGUGUGUGAGAAAGACGAAUGGAAUCAGAACUGGAUCCACAGAAAAUAGACUGGAAACUACUUUUUUUUCCCUUUUUUUUUUUUUUUUUGGAGACCCUUGCAGUCCCACACAGAUACACAAAACAUAUUUGGGUCCUUGGCUUUCAGCAUUUUAUCACUUUUAUGUACAUUUCACACCUUAUAUAGUGUUUCUCGGGUGUUUACAAUUUGAUAUAUCAAGACCACUUGCUCAGCUUCACAACUGAUCAACAGAUAAUUCAUUUUUCUAUUUGCCUUCAUUUCCCUGACAUGUCCCCACUGACAAAUGGAGCUCAGUUGUGCCCUGCUAUGUAAAAGCCCAGACACACCAAACCUGGAUCAAAGAAGUAGUGCCGAUGAACUGUUGCAUCACCUCAUGUUGCCCGUGUCUCGGCCCGAAAGUUACACCUGAACACACCACACAGACUUAAGCCAGCAGCCAAAAAGCACCUAUGCAAUGCGCUUCUGUCAGAGGGAAUAACUCUUGAUAGCAGCAGGUGACGGUAGUCUGUAUUCGUCUUUCAAAAAGGGCAACAGGAAGACCAACACAAAAAGCUGUUUAGCCAGUUAGCACAUUAACAGCCUGAUGCUGAAAGAAUGCACCAGCGAAUAAAAGAGCGUCACAGACCGUUUCUGCUAAAGAGCUCGAUGGCUUGUAUAAUAAUCUCACCCAUUAUAAUAUAUGUUUGUUUCGACCUCACGGCCUCUUGACUUUAGCCCUUUGCUUGCUUUCCUCUCUUCGGUUUCACUCAGUUACGGGGUCUGCCAUCUCUGACAUCAAUUCAACAUGCUGAAUCAUACAAAAAAAAAAAGCCAACUAGUGCCAACGGUGCCAGACAGCACAAAAACUAGAGCGAUAGACGCUCACUGAGAGCUGGACAUUGACCAAUGACCACCUGCUUGGUGUGUCAGGGCCCUUACAACGAGAAACUAUACCCAAAGUGUUUUCACCGAUAAGUCCUCAGAAGUAUAGCUGCUUGAAAGUUAAAACCUUCAUUUUGUCACGUAAAUGUUGCAAAUGUGAGCCGUUCGUAAACUGAUUUAGUUUUAUCUGCUUUGUCAGGAACAAUGGCAGCUGGAGUGAAUUUGUUAAUUAUAGGGUACGCUCAAAGUAUGAGGUAUAUUUUUAGGUUUCCCUUGAAAAUUGUGUGUGCUUUUAAAAAAAAAAAUCAGUUUUGAGAGGUCAACUGUUUUCUCAUAUCUUGCUAUUUUGUUUCGCCCUUUUUUAUUUGACUGCAUGUGAAGAACAUUUGGAAUCCUUGUUUACUUUACUUUGACCGUAUCUUGUAUUACCUCCAUAUAAUAGACGACAUAUUGACAGCCUGGCUGUGAAAGAACCGUCAGACUGUAUGAAACAAGUCCUCAAUAAGAGCCUGUUUAUUCCUGGUAUUGACAUGCGUUUCUGUAAUUCGUUCACAAGAGGGCCGUCAAGACACAUUGCUCACACUCAUAUCUGCUCACACCUGUGUCUAUCUUGCGUCUUCAGCUGCCACUUGUGUUCAGAUUUUGUUACUGCCUAAGUCACUUACAUUAGAAGGUCCAAGGGCUCUGUGCAUAUUUAUUACUUUGUCUUGCUAGCAUGCUCAUUAUGCUGCGUUAAUACCACGAGCAACACAGAAACAGCAUGACCAGCUACAUUAUCGCAGAAUCGCCAUUAAAGUGUGUCUGAAACGCUCGUUAGCAUAGUUUUGUCCUCAUAGGCUUGUGCGUGUCUGCUGCUUGCCACAAAGCACCUCAACUGAACGUCAGCUACAGUUUGUAUUUGGCCGCAAAAGUUUCUGUGCUUUUGAUCAAUGUCCGAUUAUGUCCCUUUUUGCACCACAAGGCGCAAAAAGUGUGAGUUAACUAAGAUGAAUUACAGCACCGCAGCUAGAAACGAAAAAAAUGUGAUUGGUUGUGCUUCACCGCAUCAUUGGAGCGUUGACAAAAGCCAGUUAAACUUUGAUCUGUAGUGCGUCACAGCCAUCAGCAGCGACAAGUGUCGGGCGUCAGUUUGUAGCUUUGUGUUACCAGCUUCCAUUGAAAAAGACUUGUAGACUGUUGUUGCGUCACUAGUAAUGUUCACACAGCACAGUUCAACAUGUCUCCAAUGGAAGGUCCUGUGACAUUUUGUCCAAUUCAUGGUAAAAUGAGCAAGUUACUACGUCCUGCAUUCAUGUUGCAGUGUUUACACUACGGAAGAUAUAUCGUCCGACCACCUCGACAUCACAGUGCGUCUUGGUGGUCAUUUGCACUCGUAUUUGGCGCUGUCCACCUGAGAUGCGCGUUAAUAUCAGGUGUAAACAGGCUUCAAGACAUCAGUCUGUGAACUGACGUUAUGUUCGGAAAUGAGAUGACCAUUUAGGGGAAAAAAGUGACACUGACUAACAGGACUCAGUAUGAUGAUAUGAAACAAUACAAGGUGAUACAAUGAUGGUAUAACAUUUUACAAAUGCUUAAUGGAUUAAAUCACAUUCAUUUUCUUCCAAAUAUGGAUUUUUUAAAAAUAUAUAUAUAUAUAACAGCUCAGUUUGACUGCUAACUCUUAUGUUGUGGGGCGAAACAUCAAUCUAUCAAAUUAACACCUUAAUUACCCCCUAUGGUAAAUCACUUGAGUUAAUGUGUGAGAAUCUCAUUCACGGUGUGCAGGGAAGAUGGGACUGCAGAUUAUUAUCAAGGAGUAAUGUGUGUUUUGAACAGAUUGGUGUUACAGUAACAGCCAUAAUAUGUUAGAAACCAUUAACUGGAAGGUUUUAUUUUCUGUUCAGUGAUAUAUAUCGUUGACCGCCGUCAUCUUGAUUGAAGCAGACAGCUGAUGAUAUGUUGACGUGUCUCAGUUGUUUGGGAAUUUGUGGUGCUAAUCUUGAUCAUAAUGGUCCAAAAUGUGGGAGCUGCAGUGGGGAACAAAAAAAAAAAAGAGAAAGCAACAUGCCCGGGUAAAAUAAACAGUUCUAAUCUCCAAACUUAAAAGUUUACAUUAAACUUUUCGUUCCAUUAACACACAAAAAUGCCGGGCCUCAUUUAAAUUGUGAACUUUUUUUUUGUACUCAAACCUUGAGGGGGCUGCAUUUGUUUAACGACAGGUACCCCCGAGGUAGUCUUUGAAACACUGGCACGAGUGGGGAGGAAAGUGCUUGAGGAAGACCAAAUGUAGAUAUGUCUUAAUGUUCAAACAGAAAGCCAUGAAAUGGAACAAAACCAGAAAAAAAGGAAAGACCAAACUUUAUUUUUACAAGUGAAAACGCUAUGACGACAAGGUCUUGAGAACAUGUAUAUAUGGAUUCAUCCUGCACGGAUGUUAUAGUUAUAAUAGUUAUAUUAGUCACAAUAGUUACUGACUUGUACUUAACUGUUGGUUGACCAUACGCUUCGAACAUGUCCGACUAGUUCCUGCUCUGUUUAAUACCGAGGCAAGUUUGUUCCACCAUUAGUUUUUUCAUUCCUUUUUGAAGGAGGUUUUUGUUGGAAUGUGUCGAGAUGAGAAUGGGAAUCAAACCUCAAGAGACUCUUUUUUUUGUUGUUUUGUCAUUUUCUUUCCUCAUCAGCUGUAACAUGUUAUUAAGCUUACCUUCUAGAGAACUUGAGACGAGUUAGAGAAGCCUUUCAAAUGUGACAAGAAUGUUAAACCAACCACUUAAUAAAUAAAAAUGUACUGCUUCAAA